UCAGAGACAUCCACAUUUAAGCAAAAUCUAGAUAACCAAACUUUUGUGAAGUAACUCCACUCUUCUGUUUAAUGAAGUAAACACUUUGGAGUUUCUGAGGAAACAUCCAUGUAAUUUUGCUGCAGUACUGUCCAAUAUGCCUUAUAACACAAUUCAGAGCAGGGUGUAACACUCAGUGCUGUUGUUUUAUGAUAACUGGUUCAAUAUUUAGCAAAUAUGAUUGAAAACUGAGAUCACAACAGUGUGGUAGAUUACCAAUGGUUUAACAAGACAUCCAUAAUAUAUGGUUCUCUUUUGUGUCUGUUUCACUUUCAGUCUUCUGGGACAAGAUAAAGAUGUACUUUCAAAGUUCAUCCUCAUCUUCAUCCUCAUCCUCAUCCUCGCCCUGCGACAGACUGGCGACCUGUCCAAGGUGUCCCCCGCCUUCGCCCGAGUCAGCUGGGAUAGGCUCCAGCACCCACCGCGACCCUAGUGAGAAUGAAGCGGUGUAUAGAGGAUGCAUGGAUGGAUCCUCAUCCUCAUCCUCAUCCUCAUCCUCAUCUUCCUCCGAGGGGAGUACCACAUGGCAGCGUUUGGAAUUCACAACAGGCUACACGGUGGUGAAAGAACUGAGAGCUGGAGGCUUUGGAAGAGUGUUGGAAUGUGUGAAAAACAACACUGAAGAGCACGUGGCUAUAAAGGUGCCCAUACGGCACAAUCUAGACCAUGAGGUAGGAGACUGAUUUCAGCUGAACAGUGACAUAAAAAAGACAUUGUUUUAAAAAGAGGUAGUACCACUACAAGAUUCUGAGUAGUGGUACUGGUCAUGUUAUGUACUUUUUAGUUGUUGAGAAGAACUGAUUGGAUGAUGUGACUCAGCAAACAUAUUGUGUCUCCACAGGCGGAAAUCCUGAAAAAGCUCAUGAGCCACAACUCGAAGGAGUCCAACAUCAUUGAGUACAAAGGAGACUUCUUCAUAGACAAUAAGCGGCUCCUGGUGCUUGAAAAGUUGGACAUCGACCUGUGGGACUAUGUGGAGAGUUUACCACAGCCAAUGCGACUGGAAGACGUCCGCACAGUUAUUCAGCAGGUGGCUGUAGCUUUGAAUGCAGCAAAGAGUGCUGGCAUAAUCCACGGUGAUGUGAAGGAGGAUAACAUCAUGAUGGUGGAUCACGUGAAGCAGCCCUUCAGAGUCAAGCUCAUUGACUUUGGUAUGGCCAAGUACAGGUCGGAAGCCAAAGCAGGAGAGCUAUUCCAAGUACUUGAAUAUAGAGCUCCAGAAAUCACCCUGGGCCUGCCGUAUUCAGAGGCCAUCGACGUUUGGUCCUUAGGCUGCGUGAUGGCCGGGAUGAUGACUGAAGAUAGUCUCUUCGGAUCAGAAUCGGACUCAGACUCGGAAUACUGGAAACUCCGACGCAUGAUCCGUCUGCUGGGUCCGCCACCGCAACAUCUCAUCGAUGCUGGCCGGAGAUCACGAUUUUUUUUUCAGAAAACGUCUAAUGGUUUGUGGCGGCUGAAGACACCUGUUGAGUAUUUUGUGGCCCAUGUCAUCUACUCCGACCCCACAGUUUACGAGUUCGGCUCUCUGGAUGAAAUGAAAACGGUGUCCUCUGAGACGGACAACCCAGCAGAGGCCGAUGAGAGGAGGGAGUGCAUCGAGCUGUUGAAGGCGAUGCUUCGGUGGGAUGAGGACGACAGAAUCACCCCCAGCGGUAUCCUCAACCAUCCCUUCAUCACCAAAAGCUAUCUCAACAGCAGCUCCCCCACCAGCAGUUGCGAUGAACCGAGACCCUCCACCAGCAAGUUCAUCACGGUUAAGCCUGCAGAUCCUGAAAACAGAAUUAACCUGACAGGCUUGCCUGAUGAGGACAAAGACCUGAAGAGCAGUGAGCAUGAAGACAGUGACAAUGCUGACACUGCUGAAGACACUGACGACAGCGAGGAUAGUAAUGAUGAUGAAGACACCGAGAUGGUCAGGCAUUUCCUCAUGGAGCUAAAAUAG